AUGUUUUGGAUAUUACCAAUACUACUAUUAACUUUGGGGUUAACUGCAGCCAAUAAAAACAUUGUUAUAUGGCAUCAUACAAUCACAUACGAUACAAAAUCUUUAAUUUUUGAUGAUGUAACCAUUCUAAAAGAUACAUCUUGGUCUAUUUUAAACAAUUAUCAAUUUGAUUAUAAAAAAAAAUUAUUGAAUGAUGCAUCCAUGUUUAUUACUAGUAAGAGUAAAUCAAAACCAUUGAAAGUUAGUGGUGAGCAUUCACAUGCAGAACUUGUCAAUAAUGGUGUAAUUGUUUUUAAUUCAAAUUCUGCAACUCAUGCAAGUUCAUAUAAAUUAAGUGGUAAAUCAUUUGAAAAUAAUGGAGAAAUGUAUCUUUGUACUUCACUGUCGUCACAUAUUUCUUAUACAUAUCUUAAAGCAAAAGCUUGGGUCAAUAAUGGUUUAAUUGUUCUUUAUAGAGAUACCAGUCUUAAACAUAGAGCCGAGCUUGCAACUGGUCAUUCAAUAGAUAUUAGAAAUAAUGGUCAAAUUUGUCUUUUUAAUCAUAUUUUUGCUCAAUCUGGUAAUAUAUUAGGUAAUGGAUGUAUUUCAAUUGAUAAAGCUUCAAAAGUUGAAUUGAAAACUAGUGUUUCUGCUAAAGAUCAAAUUUUUGUUCUUGCUCAUUCAACUAGUAUUCUAUCUGUUCCAGGAGUUCAUGAAGGUACAUAUAAAGUUGCUGGAUUUGGUAAUGGUAAUAUAAUUUCUAUUGGUCUUAAAUUAGCAGGUAAAGGAAGCUUACCAGCAUGGGAAUAUAAUCAAUAUUCUGGUGUUUUAACCAUGAGACAUCUUAGUUAUACCAAACAUUUUCAUAUUGGUCAAGGUUAUAGUCAUGGAUAUUUUAGAGUUGUUUCUUGUGAUACCACUAAUGAUGCAUUAACUUAUUCCGGUCCAAUUCCUCAAGGAUCUACAAAAUCAGAUAAAUGUGCAAUUUGUCCAGAAAUUGCCCCUAAAGCUGCUGGAUCUGAACCAGAAACUUAUACCACUACUUAUGUCACUAUCAUUGAUGGAAAAGAAACAACAGCUGCUGCUAUUGUUAAUGUUGAACAUAAUGAUGAAGGUGAUGUUCAUAUUCAUUCCAUUCCAAUAGGUGUGACUACUGAUGCUGUAAAAGAUCCAUUUACUAGUGCUUUUGGAGUAGUUCAUCAAGCAGGUGUUGGUGGUAUCGGUAUUGGAACUUCCACAACUCAAGAUUCUAAACCUACUACCGUUCCUGUGAACAAACCAGGUAUAAACGAAAUAAAUUAUGCUCCAGUACCAGAAGAAUGGGAAUUACAACUUGAGCAACAACAACAACAACAACAACAACAGCAACAAAGGAAAUAUAAAACCUGA